AUGUCGUCUCGAUCGACUUAUGUCGAGGGAGAGAUUUUGGAGUUGCUGUACUGGCGUGAUCCUAAAAAGAGUGCCGUAGCUCUAUCGCUGAUUCUCGUGGCCGUGUUCAUCCUUGGAAAGUGA